AUGCGCCAGGGUGUCAGUUCCAGCUCGGCCACACAUGUGGGCAUCUCACCCAGGAUGCUCUGGCUCUCAGCGCCCUCCAGAAGCAGCUCCUGGUGUAGGUACCUGGAAUUUACAUUCCCACUUCCCUUGUCACCCUAUCCCAGCCAUCCUUUGGGAAAGAAGAAAGGCAGGUUGGCGGAUGGGAGGAAGUGCACAGAGAGAAUGGUUUGGAGGCCGAGCACCUUUUUUAUUAAUAGGUGUAAUAAAUAA